UAUCCCGUGCUCCUGGUUUCUCUUUACGUUUACAGUGAAGGUGAAUGGUACCGUGGUUCUCAGCUUAGUCAAACUAAUUAAGGAAGAGCAGCCCAUUUUUUGCAUGGUCAACGCAUUAGAAAAUAAUGCGGCCCAAAAUUAGUUCAUCUUCUAUGGUCAUACAAAAAAAAACAAAUUGAACAUUCCCCUAGAAAAAAAAGCAAAUUGAAUAUCGUGUGAGUGACACCUAGUGUUAGAGCAUCUCCACCCAUGCCCCCGAGACGCCCCCAGAAGCCUUUUUUAUCGCCGGCGAGUAAAAAUCCUCCCAGCGUCAGUCCCAGAGUCACGUUUUUCGCCGAAUCAGACGAAAAUCACGGCCGGCGCUCGCGAGGUGAACCCAGGAAACCGGGGGGCUGCUGGGCGCGCCGACGCUAUGCUUUUGCUGCCAAAGGCCCAUUGUCAGCCUCUCUUCUACUUUUCCUGGCUAGGCUCACCAUGUGGUGCAUGCAAAAAAACAAAGCUUCUCUUUCCCGCAUGCUAGCCGCUCUGCUCCUCGCUCCUCUCUCCCCUGCUCCCCGUCUCCCUCUCCCGUCGCCGGCCCCGCCUCGCGCCGCCAUCUCGCUCCCGCAGCUGCCUCUCCUCGCCGCCUACACUGCCGCCGCACAGCAGGAGCCGUUGGACGCGAGGAGCAGUGCGUCCAGAAGCUUCCGCGUCGAGAUCGGUAGUGUGAGCAACCGACCGCCGCACCUACUCCCUCGGCUCCUUCGACUACCGCGUCAACGAGGAGAUGGAGGCCGUGGUGGCGCGCAUCGGUGCUGGCGGAUGCCGCGGGGCCCGGGCGAGGCGCUGGCGGAGGCUGCAGGGCCCGGGCGAGGUGGACGAGCGUGGGCGGCCAUCCGCGCGCUCUCGGCCUCCUCCCCGGCGACGCCGCUUGGCCCUCCCUCCGCCCCGGCGCUGGCGGAGGCCGCAGGGCCCGGGCGAGGCGCUCGCGGAGGCGGCGGGGUCGCGCGGGCGGCGCGGCCUGGACGGGACGGCGGGGCGAGCCUGGGCGGGAGCGGGCGCGGACGGGGCGGCGAGCAGAGGUGCGGAGGCGCAGGUCGCGGCCAGCGCAGACGGGGCGGCGGCGAACCGUGCCAGGACGGCGCAAGGCCCGCGGAGCGCGAGGCAAACCGGCGUCGGCGGCCCGGGCGCUCGAGGCGUUGUGCUCCUCGCGGACUUCGACGACUCCUUCUCACGCGCCGUGGCGCGCAUGGCGUGGGGCUUGGGAAGGAGGGAGAACGGAGCCGGGGCCGUGGCCGCGCGGGCGGGUGGGCUGACGCCGGCGAGCGGGCCGAGGCCGUGGCCGCGCG